AUGGCCACUUACCAGAACUCUGCGCCCGCCCGCGCGAUCGACGUCGACAGCGACGUCGAGGAGGAGGCCCUCGUCAACGACUACCGCGAGCAGGUCCAGUACGAGGACGGCGAGGAGCUCAGCCAGACCAACAGCAUCCCUCAGACCGACGACAUCCAGGCUCGCCUCGUGCAGGCCGCCCAGCCCCUCGACUUCUCCGCGCCCCUCGAGGUCAAGUUCCAGAGCUACGACUCGUACUGCAGCUUAUUCCACUUCAUCCUCAACUCGGACGGCCCUGUCGAUCUCGAGCCCCCUUCGUACUACUGGGCUUGGGACGUGAUUGACGAGUUCAUCUACCAGUUCAACUCGUUUUCCUCCUACAGACUGCGCCUCGCCCGCCAGGCUAACAACGAUGAGGAGCUCCAGAUCCUUAAGGAGAACCCCAACACCUGGGGUUGCUACAGCGUCCUCAACGUCUUGUACUCGCUGAUCCAGCGCUCCCAGAUCACCGAGCAGCUGGCCGCCAUGAAGCGCAACGAGGACCCCGCGGCCGUCGCGGGCGAGUACGGCUCCAAGAACCUGUACCGCAUGCUCGGCUACUUCUCCAUCAUCGGCCUCCUGCGCGUCCACUGCCUGAUGGGCGACUUUGGGCUGGCCCUCAAGACGCUGGACGACAUCGAGCUCAACAAGAAGGCCAUGUUCGCGCGCGUCAUGGCCGCCCACUUCACCACGUACUACUACGUCGGCUUCUCGUACAUGAUGAUGCAUCGCUACGCCGACGCCAUCCGCAUGUUCAGCCACAUCCUCGUCUACGUCUCGCGGACCAAGAACUUCCAGAAGAACGCGCAGUACGACUCCAUCACCAAGAAGAACGAGCAGAUGUACGCGCUCAUCGCCAUCUGCGUCGCCUUCCACCCCACCCGCCUCGACGACACCAUCCACGGCGCGCUCCGCGAAAAGUACGGCGACCAGCUGCUCAAGCUGCAGCGCGGCGGACCCGAGUCGCUCCCCAUCUUCGAGGAGCUCUUCCGCACGGCCUGCCCCAAGUUCAUCUCGCCCGUCGUCCCCGACUUCGAGAACCCCGAGGCCAACCUCGACCCCGUCGAGCACCACCUCGCCGUCUUCAUGGACGAGGUCAAGACCAACAUGUGGAGCCCCACCAUCAAGUCCUACCUCCGCCUCUACACUACCAUGGACCUCAACAAGCUCGCCGGCUUCCUCGAGGUCAAGCCCGACGAGCUCCGCUCCUGGCUCAUGGUCACCAAGCAGCGCACCAAGCAGCUGCGCUGGCAGGACCAGGGCCUGCUCGAAGGUGAGCUGGUCAACGUCAGCGACCUCGACUAUGCUCUGCAGGGAGACCUGAUUCAUAUCUCCGAGGCCAAGGUCGGCCGCAAGCUCGUCGACUGGUACCUCCGCAACCUGUCCCGCACAUACAACUAA